AUGGUGAGCAUGAAUCAUCUUCUUCUCUUCAGUUUCAUCUCCUUGUCUCUCUGCUCUGCGACUGCUGCUCAAAAUAGAACCCUCCGUCCAAAUGCCUUGGUUCAUGUUGGAGUGGUUCUUGAUUUCAAUUCACAAGUUGGAAAGAUGGCGCAGAGCUGCAUUUCCAUGGCAGUCUCUGAUUUUUAUGCCAGGAAUUCUCAUUAUAAAACCAGGAUGGUCCUUCACACCAGAGAUUCGAAGAAUGAUGUUUUGACUGCCGCAUCUGUUGAGCUUCAUGUUCCUAUUCUCUCCACUCUGGUCAUCUGGUGUGACAACAUGUCAGCUAUUGUUCUUACCUCCAACCCAAUUUUUCAUGCUCGCUCGAAACACAUCGAGGUCGACUACUACUUCAUUCAAAAACAGGUUGCUCACAACCUUUUGGAUGUCCGUCAUGUGCCAUCUCAUGGGCAACUAGCAGAUCUCUUCACCAAAAGUCUACCAGCUACCCAUCUGCUUCAUCUUCAUCACAAGCUGCACGAUGGAGUAGCUGCAUGUUCGACAAAGUUCACAUCAUAUGAACAUGGAUUCCAUUUUCCCUACUGCUGCAGGAUAACACUACCUUCAUUCCCAUCUCCAUAUUUCCUGGACUUGAUGAAAGAUGUAAAAGUGCAAGCUAUUAUUGGACCUCAAACAUCAUCUCAAGCAAAGUUUGUGGCAUACUUCAGUCAGAGAUUUCAAUUGCCCAUUAUUUCUUUCUCUGCAACAAGCCCUUCUCUCUCUCCAGAUAAAACUUCUUAUUUUUUACGUACAUCCCAAGAUGACUCUGUCCAGGUUAAAGCCAUAUCAGCUAUCAUCCAACGCUGUGGAUGGAAGGCAGUGGUCCUCAUUUAUGAAGAUACUGAUUAUGGGAAUGGGAUCAUCCCUUAUUUUGUUGAUGCCUUCCACGAGAUUGAUACCCGAAUUUCUUAUAGGAGUGCCAUUUCUUCAUCCGGCAACGGAAGCCAAAUUCUCAUGGAGCUCAAUAAAUUAAUGAACAUGCCAACUAUGGUAUUUGUAGUGCAUAUGAGAGCUUCUUUAGGAUCCCUCUUGUUUACCUGGGCAAAAAAAAUAGGAAUGAUGAGUGAAGGAUAUGCAUGGAUUGUCACAGAUGGAUUAUCCAGCUUAUUGGAUCCAAUGAAUUCAGUAGCCAUUGAUUCAAUGGAAGGUGUAUUGGGUGUAAGACCUUAUGUAUCAAUGUCAAAAGAGCUAGAAGAUUUCAAGUUUAGAUGGAAAAGUAAAUUCAAUAUAGAGAACCCAAGUAAUCAAAUAACAGAGUUAAGCCUUUUUGGGAUGUGGGCCUAUGAUACAGUUCAGGCACUAGCUAUGGCAAUAGAGAGAGUGGGGCCUAUGCAUCCAAGGUCCUUCAAGCAUCAUGAAAACCUUACUGAAUUUGCAAAUUUUGGUGUAACUUUAAUGGGCCCAAAACUUCUCAAAAUGAUUCAGGAUACUGGAUUUAGAGGCUUGAGUGGUGAAUUCAAUCUAGUGAAUGGACAACUACAAGCUUCAGUCUUUGAAAUAUUUAAUGUGGUAUGUAAAGGAGAGAGAAUGAUUGGAUUUUGGACUCCAGCUAAUGGAAUUUCCCGUGAACUAAAUGGAACUAGUAAAAGAAUGUGCUUAAAUUCCAUGGAUGCUUUGCGGACAAUAAUUUGGCCAGGUGACUCCACAACAAUUCCAAAGGGUUGGGUGAUUCCAACAAAUGGGAAUAAAUUGAGGGUUGGAAUUCCGGUGACAAGAGGUUUUACUGAAUUUGUUAAAGUAGACUUUGACCCUUGUACCAAUAAGACAACUGUCUCGGGGUUUUCCAUAGAUGUGUUCAAUGCUGUUAUGGAGGCAUUACCAUUUGCAGUCCCUUAUGUUUUUGUUCCAUUCAUGACGAGUAAUGGAAGAAGUGCAGGGAGUUACGAUGAACUUCUCUAUCAAAUCUAUCUGCAGGAAUUUGAUGCUGUGGUGGGAGAUGUAACAAUCAUAGCAAAUCGAUCAUUGUAUGUGGAUUUUACAUUGCCUUACACUGAAUCAGGAGUAGCUAUGGUGAUGCCAAUCAAAGAUGAUCAUAGGAAGAAUGCUUGGAUAUUUUUCAAGCCUUUGACUUGGGAUCUGUGGCUGACGAUUUGUCUAGCCUUCAUCUUUACUGGCAUUGUGGUUUGGGUUCUUGAACAUCGAAUAAACACAGAGUUCAGGGGAUCACCUGGACAGCAACUUGGAAUGAUAUUUUGGUUCUCCUUCUCGACACUUGUUUUUGCUCAUGGGCAGAAAGUGAUAAACAAUUUUUCAAGGUUCAUGUUGAUCAUAUGGAUGUUUGUGGUAUUCGUUCUGGCACAAAGUUACACUGCAAGUUUAACAUCUAUGCUAACGGUGCAGCAGUUGCAGCCAACAGUUACUGAUGUAAAGGAGUUGAUUAAGAACGGAUAUUAUGUGGGGUACCAGAAAAAUUCCUUUAUAUUAGGGCUCUUAAAGAGGAUGAACUUGGAUGAGUCCAAGCUUAGGCCCUAUACCUCAAGUGAAUAUGAUGAGGCCUUGUCUAAAGGAAGCCAAAAUGGUGGUGUUGCUGCAAUUGUGGAUGAAAUCCCUUACAUCAAGCUCUUCCUUGCAAAGCAUUGUUCAAAGUACACCAUUGUUGGACCCACUUACAAGACUGAUGGGUUUGGCUUUGCUUUUCCAAUGGGCUCCCCUUUAGUCUCCUACGUGUCCAGAGCAAUCUUAAAUAUAACAGAAGGGGACAAAAUGAAUAUGAUUGAACAGAAAUGGCUUGGGAAUCAAUCCAGUUGUGAAGACCAAGGUUCAACAGUCUCUUCAAACAGCCUUAGCCUCAGUAGCUUUUGGGGCCUCUUCCUCAUCACAGGAGUUGCUUCGGCUUUCUCACUCCUUAUAUUCUUAAUUUCUUUCAUUUACAAACAUAGAAAUAUUUUGACAGAUAUAGGUUCAGGAAAAUCCUUAUGGAGAAGAUUGGUCACCAUGGCAAAAUAUUUUGACCAGAAAGAUUUCUCACAGACCACAGGAUCCAUGGCUCAACAAAUAAUGGAAAUUAGAGUUGUUCAAGACUUUUCAUAUUUGGAUGAUGCUUCACAGAACUCUUCAAACAUUUCAGACCAAACUGCUCAAAACAGCAUCUUAAAAGGAGAGGAAGAAGAUGGAAACCUCUUUUCCGCAGAGUAAUCAUUGACUUAUUUUUGCAUCUUUUCACAGUGAAGCUUGUAGAACAUCUAUAUGCUCAUUUGAGUUAGAAUCUUCAUCCUAAUGUUUCCACUAGUGUUCUUCAAAACCUGUUGGCAUGUUUUCUGAAACCAGCAAUAAUAUGAAAAUGGAUAAUGCUGCUGGAUGCACCCUUGAAUCGUUGUUUAAUUGGCGAAUUUUAGAUA